CGGUGACCGCAGAGUGCGCGACCCGGUCCUGUCCCAGGUGGGCAAAGGCCACACCAAAGUGAAAGCUCUUCGUGAGUCAGCGAGCUGCGACGAGGCCGGCCCGCGAGGCGCCGCCCCUGGGUGGGAACCCGAGUCACCCAGGGCUCAGCUCUGGCGAAAUCGCCUGCUUUGCUCACUUCCCGGGCUGGGCGGUCUGGAUCCCGCAGACUUCAGGCGCGAUCCAUGGCCUGCGGGGCGGCAGAGCGGGGCCCUGAGCCCCCGGCCUUCCAGAGCCAUCCAGAAGCCAGCACACCGCGCCUGGCCCAGGGCUACUACUUGCGCAGCAUGGGCGAGCUGCGGGACCAAGAGUUUGGCCGCCUGGCAGGAACUGUCUACCUUGACCACGCAGGAGCCACCUUGUUCCCCCAGAGCCAGCUCACAAACUUCACUAAGGAUCUCAUGGACAAUGUCUAUGGUAAUCCACACAGUCAGAACAACACCAGCAAACUCACCCACGACACUGUGGAGCAGGUCCGCUACAGGAUCCUGCGUCACUUUCACAGCACCCCAGAGGACUACAGCGUGAUCUUCACAGCUGGGAGCACAGCUGCUCUCAGGCUAGUGGCAGAGACGUUUCCGUGGGUGUCCCGAGCCCCAGAGAACAGUGGGAGUCACUUCUGUUACCUUACCGAUAACCACACCUCUGUGGUGGGAAUGAGGAAGGUGGCUGCAGCCAUGGACGUCACAUGUACCCCAGUCAAGCCAGAGGACAUGCGGUCAGCAGAAGGAAAGGGUGCUGCAGCCUGUGACCCCGACUGUCAGAUUCCACACCUCUUCUGUUACCCAGCUCAGAGUAACUUUUCAGGCACCAGAUACCCACUGUCAUGGAUAGACGAAGUCAAGUCUGGGCAGAGGAGCCCCGUGAGUGCGCCUGGGAAAUGGAUCGUGCUGCUUGAUGCAGCCUCCUAUGUCAGCACUUCCUCCUUGGAUCUGUCAGCUCACCAGGCCGACUUCAUUCCCAUCUCCUUUUAUAAGAUCUUUGGGUUCCCCACAGGCCUGGGUGCCCUGCUAGUCAAUAAACGCGUGGCUCCUCUGCUGAGGAAAGGCUACUUCGGAGGCGGGACUGCAGCUGCCUACCUUGCGGGAGAGGACUUUUACAUUCCAAGGCCAUCGGUGACGGAAAGGUUCGAAGAUGGCACCAUCUCUUUCCUUGAUGUAAUAGCGUUGAAGCAUGGAUUUGAUGCUCUGGAACACCUCACAGGCGGCAUGGUGAACAUACAACAGCACACCUUUGCUCUGACACAGUACACCCACUCUGCCCUGUCUUCCCUCCGCUACCCCAACGGGGCCCCUGUGGUGCGCAUUUACAGUGAUUCUGGGUUCAGCAGCCCCGAUGUCCAGGGUCCAAUCAUCAAUUUUAACGUGCUGGAUGAUGGUGGGGAGAUCAUCGGCUACUCCCAGGUGGACAAAAUGGCUAGCCUGUACAACAUCCACCUGAGGACUGGCUGCUUCUGUAACUUGGGGGCCUGCCAGAGGCACCUGGGGCUAACUGAAGAGAUGGUUAAGAAACAUUUUCAGGCUGGUCAUGUCUGUGGGGAUGAUGUUGACAUUAUAGAUGGACGACCCACCGGCUCCGUGAGGAUUUCCUUCGGAUACAUGUCCACACUAGAAGAUGCCCAGGCCUUUCUCAGGUUCAUCAGUGCUAUCUACCUUCGCUCACCUGGCGGCCAGCCUGUUCCUCGAGCCAGCACCAGUGAGGCUGGAGUCUUAUCCUCAAAGAGUGACUGUCAGUCACCUCAGGAAGAAGGUUCCUGCACAGACCCUGCAGUUUGCAAUGGUUUGGAUCCUGACACAAAUACCACAGACUUGCACCUGUGUCUGAGCAGAGCCAGCAGCAUCCAGCAGACCCCUCAAGAGAAAGCUGCAGCUAUCCUGAAUGGGGACCUUGGGCCCCACAUUGUCACCAACAUUUACCUCUACCCCAUCAAAUCCUGUGCUGCGGUUGAGGUGACCAAGUGGCCUGUGGGGAGCCAAGGGCUGCUGUAUGACCGGAGCUGGAUGGUUGUGAAUCACAAUGGCAUUUGCCUGAGUCAGAAGCAGGAGCCGCGGCUCUGCCUGAUCCAGCCCUUCAUCGACCUGCAGCAGAGAAUCAUGGUCAUCAAAGCAGAAGGGAUGGAGCCUAUACAGGUGCCUCUUGAGGAAGACGGUGAACAGACCCAGAUUUGCCAAAGCAGAGUGUGUGCAGACAGGGUAAAUACUUAUGAUUGUGGAGAAAAUGUUUCAAGAUGGCUGUCAAAGUUUUUUGGCCACCAGUGUCAUUUAAUCAAGCAAAGUCCACACUUCCAGCGAAAUGCAAAGAAGACACCUAGAAAAGGUCAGCCUCCCGGUGCAGCUGCUGCCCUGUCCCUGGUGAACAAGGCUCAGUACCUGCUGGUGAACACAUCAAGUGUCCUGGAGCUUCAGCAGCAGCUAAAGGCCAGUGAUGGACAUGGAAAGGAGGAGUCAUUCUCAGUAAAAGAUCUCAUCUCCCGCUUCCGUGCCAAUAUCAUUACCAAGGGAGCCAGGGCUUUCGAAGAAGAGAAAUGGGAUGAGAUUUCAAUUGGCUCCUUGCAUUUCCAGGUUCUGGGGCCUUGUCACAGGUGCCAGGUAAUUUGUAUCAACCAGCAAACUGGACAGCGGAACCAGGAUGUUUUCCAGAAGCUUUCUGAGAGUCGAGAGAGAAAGGUGAACUUCGGUGUGUACCUGAUGCAUUCAUCCUUGGAUUUAUCAUCUCCGUGUUUCCUGUCAGUGGGAUCUGAGGUGCUCCCCGUACUGAAAGACUGUGGAGUGUCCUGAUUCACCCUCUUCCCAGAAACACCCAAGUGUUAUCUCCUAACAUUUCUUCUCCCAAGAGCAUUAAAGUUUUUCU